AUUUGCACCACAAUAAGGCCGGGGGUGCCCGUCGUCAUCAAGGCUGGGUAGGUUCAAAUAAGAAUAGGCAAUCCUUGAUGCGUGGGUCUGGGCGUGAAGUUACUAAGGGCGCGUUCAAUCAGGCGACCCUCACGAGGCACGGGAAAUUAAAGCCAGCUGUCGUUCCAACGUGUUUCUCUAGAUCUCUUCUGUGAUCCUUAACUUCCAAAAAAUGCAACGAAGUGGGUACUCGAGCUCAAUGCAACAGGUAGCACCCUACAGGGACACCCCUACGACAUACACUGGCAGUCCAAACCUGCAAGACAACAAUGACCCCGUAGCCACACACGCUCGUUCACCCUUUGACUCGUCGCACGAUCUCUCAUCGGAGCCAACGCUCAGGAAUUCUCCAACACAACAACCACUUGCAGGCCAGCCCACCUCAACCGUGACCUACAUGCCCGUUCCACAAUCAGGAUACCAGAACAUGGAGCCUCGCAACAGCGACUGGCUGGAGCAGACGCAGAAGGCGAGCAGGCGGUCAAGACUCAUCGUCAUUGGCUCGGUUACCACCCUUAUUAUCCUAAUCGCUGCCGGUAUCGCAGUUGGUGUCACGCUCUCGAAAAAGAGCACGAACAACAACAGCUCGAGUUCGAGCAGUAGCGUUCCAGCUGGGACGAACCCCAAUGAUCCGAGUAAUUUCCCGAAAAAUUCUGCUUUGGUCAAUUCAUUCUAUGGCAUCGCGUAUACGCCACUGGGCUCCCAGCUCCCGGACUGUGGCAAUAGUCUAACGGAGGUCAUUGAGGAUAUUCAGCUGUUGUCUCAGCUCACAUCUACUAUCCGUCUUUAUGGCUCUGACUGCAACCAGUCCUCCCUCGUCCUUGCCGCCAUUCAGGCUACGAAGGUCAACAUGUCUGUCUAUCUCGGCAACUACCCCGAUGCCACCGAUAAUGGGGCUGCGUACACACGCCAGAAAGGCGAAAUUCAAACCGCUCUUCAACAAUACGGUGGAUCCAACGUAGCCGGCAUCACAGUCGGCAAUGAAUUCAUCCUUGAUUACAUCACAUCACAGGGCCAGACGGAUCCUAACGGCUCCGCAGGACAGGCAGCCGCGGCGAUGUUGGUACCUUGGAUUAACGAUACUCGUUCAAUGUUGUCCUCGAUGGGUCUGAGUAAUAUCCUAGUCGGUAAUGCAGACGCUGGAAGUUAUUUCAAUAACGAAGUGCUAGCUGCUGUCGACUAUGGGAUGGCGAACGUUCACCCGUGGUUCGCCAAUCAAUCGAUUGCUAACGCUGCCGCAUGGACGGCCGAAUUCUUCAGCACCACAGAUGUCGCUCUUGCUCAAUCUCUUCCGAACAAACCGAAGAUGUUCAUUGCUGAAACUGGCUGGCCGACUGGUAGUUCUUCUUUCAAUGCUAACCCGAACGAUGGCCCUUCGCUCGCUUCGGUGGAAAACUUGCAGAUAUUUAUAAACGAUUUCGCAUGUCAAGCUACCAAAAACGGAACUGGAUACUUUUUCUUUGAGUACAGUGACGAGCCUUGGAAGAACGUGACGUAUGGUGGCGUAGAGGGAUACUGGGGCUUGUUCGACGCUAACAAAAACCUGAAAAACAUCACAAUCCCUACAUGCUAGUCUGUUCUUUCUCACUCGGACACAUACCCCAUGCGGACUCCAUAGCUAUAUAUCUAGAUCUCAGCCAUGGGAUUCUGUUCACCACUAGCCCUCUAUCCAUGCCAUUUUUUUUUCUGCAUGCGGCGGUGGAUGGGCUGGUGAUCUUGAUAGAACGCUCACUUCGAAAGGACUAUGUUAUGUUGCAUCUCUAUCUGCGAUUUCGUCGUCUAGCUUUGAUUGACUGACGUUUUUGAUGAUGUAUUUAAUACCCGUAUAGACUACUGAGCACUUAGCUCAUGGACAUGGACGGUGUUGGUUGAUAUGAAUUUAUAUGCCAUCCUUGGUCAUGGUGGUCGAACCGCUAACUAGGCUGUUCUUUUGAGUGGAGGAAAAUGUCGAGCUGUGUCGGCAGGGAUCUUGUAAACAAUUGAUAUUGAGAUCUUAAGCAUGAAAUGUUUGAUCGUUCUGGUGAA